AUGGCUGCGCCAGCUUCCCGGCAGGUGAUCUUGGUGGUGGCGCUCUUCCUCGUAUGCUGCAUGAGUGAGGUGGUUUGCGCUCAGCCCAGCCUGCAGAGGAUGACCUUUUGGACCAAGGGCAAUGCAAGCUACGGCCUCUCGCGCCACGUCCCCGUCUGGUUUGCCGACAAGCUCCGUAAUGGUGACACCGACACUUUUAACGACGACCUAUUCGAUGCUGACCAGAGCGACUUGACCAGGGGCAGCAAGAUUGGCUACCAGGCGGGCACCUGUGUUCUCACGUCUACCCCCGGGGAUGGGUCGGACCGG